CUGAACAAUAGAUAUCGCGGUGAUAAGUGGUACUUGUGUAACGCAAACUAUUACUUGAACGCGGAAUAAAGAUACACAGCACUAUCCCGACGCGCCAGAUACAAAACUCAUCCAACGCCGCCGCUGCCGCUGCCGUCGUCGUCGUCGUUCGCUUUCGCGCGCUCGCUCUUUCGUCGCAAACAUGACGGAACCGCGUAUGCGCCUACGCCAAAAAGGCCAGCAAUUCCCAACACAAGACUUAGAAGCCUUCCUCCUCGCCUUCGGCGACAACGACUAUCCCCUCCCGGAAACCGUCCGCGUCCUCGACGAAAUAAUAACAGACUACAUCAUCGAAACAUGCCACGAAGCCGCGUCGGUGGCGCACCACGCGCGGCGCGCGAAGAUCAAACUUGACGAUUUUAAAUUCAUGCUGCGCAGGGAUACGGGGAAGCUGGGCAGGGUGAGUGAAAUGCUGGAGACGGAUAAGGAGUUGAAGCGGAAGAGGAAGGCGUUUGAUACGGAUGAGGGGGCGGUGCUGGCGGAUAAGGAGAGGGCUGGAGAGAGGGUGGUGGAGGGAGGGAAGGAGGGGGUGGAUGGGGGGGAGAAGGGGAGGGGGAAGGAGGAGGAUGAGAGGAGGAGGAAGAAGAAGAAGAAGAGGAGGGAGGAGGAGGGCGUGGGGAAGAGUGCGUGAUGGGUUUGAGUGCCGGUGGUCCUGUAUUGCUGUAAAAGAAAAAGAGAGCGGCAGAGAGUGAAUGGAGAUUGUGCGUUAUGGGAUGCAUGGGCGAUUAGUAUACGGAAUAAGGAUACCCCAAAGAAGAAUGAAAUUGAAUCAUUGCCAA